UGGAUGUGUCAGGGUAGGGUCUAUCCAACAUGGCGGACUAGCGUUCAGUAAAGCGUUUUGCAGUGUUGUAAAGCCUGUUAAUAGUCUGUUUAUGAAGCUUUAACUUGUUUUUUAGCGAGUUUUGGAGUUUGUUAUACGGUUAUAAAAGUGUAUUCUGUGUAUCCGGACAACUGUCUAGUUAUUUAAAUGCAGAAAAUGGAGUAAUAUGUGUGACUAGGUAGCUUGAGCUAACCUAGCACUGUCGUGGUCCGAGUAACGUUAAUCCGAGAGUUUAUGUUAAUCCAGUCACUGUGAUGAUCUGCCUGGAUGUUUUACUCCCUCAAAGGAUAUAGAUAUAUUUAAAUAUUUAUUUAUAUUAUAAAUUAGGGUCAUGAAAGAUCUUAGAACUGUUGUGGAGCUAAAAUAAUUGUUUUGCUGUGAUCUCUUCAAAACUGAGAAGAUGGAGCUGAAUUUAAAACACGUUGAUUACCUGCAGGUUGGAGUGACUUCUCCGAAAACGAUGAAAGUUUUACCUGCAGUGGGUCGAAAAGCGACACAGAAGGUUGCUGUUGCAGAUCAUGAUGGAGUGGUCAACUGUUUCGGGAUGAAAAAGGGAGAGGCGGUUCCUGUAUUCAGAAGUCUCCCAGGACAGAAGAUCUCCAGGCUGGAGCUGGGAGGUGCAUUAGGAACACCACAGGAGAAGAUCUUUGUGUGUUCUGGUUCUGAGGUUAGAGGUUACACCAAAAAGGGCAAACAGUUCCUCUCCUUUGAGGCCAAUUUGACGGAGAGCAUCAACGCCAUGCGUGUUUCCGGGGCGGAUCUUUUUGUCUGUGCCAGCUACAUUUACAACCACUACUGUGACUGCAAAGACCAGGACUAUUUUCUAUCAGGGGACAAGAUCAAUGACAUGGUGUGUUUGCCGGUUGAGACGGUGGGACGUACGGUGCCGGUUCUGGCGUGCCAGGACCGAGUGCUGCGCGUUUUACAGGGUUCAGAGCUGCAGUACGCUUUCGAGAUCUCCGGCCCGCCGUCUGUUCUGGAGCUUCAUAACAGAGAUGGAGGUAAAGAUGGAGAGGAAGUGCUUUACGGAACCGCCGACGGCAAACUGGGUCUAGUGCAGUUAAGCCGUUCAGCUCCUGUCCCUAAGUGGGAGGUGGACAAUGAGAAGAAAAAAGGAGGCAUCCUGUGCAUCGAUACAUUCGACAUCCUGGGUGACGGUGUAAAAGACAUCCUGGUUGGGAGGGACGAUGGGACGGUCGAGAUCUACGGACUGGACAACUCCAACGAGCCCACGUUGCGCUUUGAGACCGUGUUGACUGAAAGUGUAACAUCGAUCCAGGGAGGGUGUGUAGGAAAGGAGUCUUAUGAUGAGGUUGUCACAUCAACAUACACAGGUUGGGUAUCAGGUCUCAGCACAGAGCCUCAGCAGAUGGAGGCGGGACCAGGGGACGAGGUGAAGAUGAGCCGAGAGACCCAGGCCAAGGUGGCCGCUCUCAGGGCCGAGCUGGAGCAGCUGCAAGUAAAGGUGAUGCAAGGACGAGAGAAAUACCAGCAGAGCUCUCAGUCCAGCACUGCUGUGUCCGCCGUGCCGGUCUUUAGCAUCAACGACAGGUUCACUCUGUGCCAAGAAGAUGCCAGCUACAGCCUCACGCUGGAGGUGCAGACCGCCAUCGAUAACCUGCUGCUACAGAGUGAUGUUCCUAUAGACUUGCUGGAUGUGGAUAAGAACUCAGCAGUGGUUAGUUUCAGCGAAUGUGAUUCAGAGCCAAAUGGGAAUUUCCUCCUCGCCACAUACAGAUGCCAGGCUAACACCACAAGGCUGGAAUUAAAGGUGAGGUCAAUCGAAGGUCAGUAUGGGACGCUCCAGGCCUACGUAACCCCUCGGCUGCAGCCUAAAACCUGCCAGGUGCGUCAGUACCAGAUCAAACCACUCUCGCUCCACCAGAGGACCCACAGCAUCGAUCACAGCAGGCCCAUGAACACCUUGAGGCUGGUGGGGCAGUUCAGCUUUGCAGAGAUCCACUCGUGGGUCGUGUUCUGCCUGCCCGAGGUGCCUGAGAAAACGCCAGCAGGAGAAAGCAUCACCUUCUACUUUCAAAACACUUUCCUGGGAACGCAGCUUGAGGCGAGCUACUGCAAAGGUGAAGGGAACUUUAAAUCAGAUAACAUUUCCACCAUAUCUAUCCUCAAAGAUGUUCUCUCUAAGGAGGCCACCAAGCGCAAAAUCAAUCUAAACAUUUCUUACGAAGUGAAUGAAGAUUCUGUGAGCCAUACACUGAAGAUGAUUCAUCCUAAGCUGGAGUAUCAGCUCCUGUUAGCCAAAAAGGUUCAGCUUAUCGAUGCUUUAAAGGAGCUGCAAGUGCAUGAAGGAAAUGCAGAUUUUCUGAUUCCAGAGUAUCGCAAUAUACUCGACGAGUCUGCUCGUCUGUUAGAGGAAUAUAAAAAACAGCCAGCUCACCUGGAAAGAUUAUACGGCAUGAUAACCGACCUCUUCAUUGACAAGUUCAAAUUCAAAGGGCAAAACGUCAAGACGAAGGUUUCACAGCUCCUUGAAAUAUUGGACAACUACGAUCUGACCUCUUUGGUGGACUUUUUCAACGAUGCUUAAUUUAUAACGCCAACGACAGUGUUAUUUAUUUAUUUGUAAUAUUUUUUAUUUUAUGAUGGCAUUUUUGUGAUACAUAUUUGCAGUAGCUGAGCGCAUUGACAUGCCAAAGUACAGAAGCCAUACAGGGAGUUAUUGAUAUAUUAUUAGACAGUGCUGUGUUAUAAUGUAAUGAGAAAUAAACGCCACUACUGCACUACUUUUCUGUGAAUUUAUAUUUGUA